UGCAUUAGACAUGGCAGGAAAAGGAACACGUCACUUUUACAAUUAAAAAUAAUUUUCGAAAUUUUGUAAAGAAUUAGAAAAUAAUUGUACUCGUAGAUGCUAUGCGACACUAUACGAGGUUUCAACUUCUUGUAGAAAUGGAUUUGGUGAUAUUUGCCUUCUCGCUCUGAUUCUUUUUCUCUUUCUUUCCUCCUUCAUCAAAAAGAAGACAGUUUUUCUCCACGUAUUCGUCUCUGGUGAUUUGACAAAGGAAUGAGCAAGAAAAAGGAAUCUGCUUGGUUAGGUCGUUGGACUCAGUUAGGUAAUGAAGUGAAGUUUUAUGAUCAGAGUAGUGGUAGUGACUCUAAGGAGUUGAUUAGGGCUGAAGAUAAAGAGGUGUUGCCGUUUCCUAUGUUCAAGGUCAAUACUACAAAGCUUCAAGCCAAAGACGAUGUGGGUUCAAGCUCGAAAGCUAUGGCUGCUAAUAAAAGAAUGCCUUGGAUGUAUAAUGACGAUGUUCAAGAAAAGACUACACAGAACCUGCUAGAGUUGAUGAGACCAGUGAGGUUUUACGCAACGGUUGAUUCGGUUCAGAGAGUUUCUGGAGAGAUCAACUUGCCAGAAGAAGAUGGUCAUCAUCCUCAGCUACUGAAGGGCUCCAUGAAACUCAAAGGGAAGAUUUUUGGUGGGUAUCUUGAUCUGUUUCCUAAUGUAGAUCAUCACCAGCAUAAAGGAGGAGGAGGAGUUAGGCUGGAGUCUCUGGAAAGCUCAAAGGAUACCAAAGAAGGGAAGAAUGAAUCAUCUGCGGAGACUGAUACCUUGGAAAUGGAUAAACUUCAGAUGAUGCAUCUCUCUGGCUCCAUUGCUUCUUCCUCAACUAAGGGCAAAGGACGAAAAGGCGAUUCGCCCGUUCCUAGGACUGAGAUACCUGACAUGAAUGAAGAACCGCCUCUGGUUAUGGAUGGAGAGAACUCAGUAGAUGGGCAUCAGGGAGAAGAAACAAGCAACUCAGCUACUCAAAGCAUGAACGUGGACCAUUUUCUCUCUAGAGGCUGCAAACGUGUGGGGUUGGAACAAGAACCGGAAGCCAGCAGUAAUUGGGUCAAGCGUCUGAAGAGAAACUCCUUUGAUUCCAGCGGACAUGAUGAAACCAAGAGCCUGAUGAAGAUUGAAGAAGAAGGGAACAACAACAACAACAACCUAUUCCUUGAAAUCUUGAAGUCAGGUAUCAACAAUCUCCAACCAAGAAAUCAAGAACCUGACACUCCACAAAUCAAGGGAGGCGAUGACGACGUCACGCUUCAGCACCCAUGGAUCCAGAGAUGGUGCAAGAAGAAGGAUACAGAUCAACCAGAAGGGGAAGAUGUUAGGUUUGAGACAGAGAACCAAAAGGAGAUGGAGAAGAAACAGUAUCCGAGUAUUGCAGCUAUGGCACUGAUGGGGAAGGCUCUGAGCGGUUUGAACCCGUAUGGUCUUAGAAAGACAGACUCUCUCAUGGUCUGGAAUGCUCGGGAUCUUAGGUAGGAAAAACAAAACCACCAUCCUGAUCCUCCUCGCUAUCAUUACUACUUAGAGACAGCACCGGAACUAGACAUCAGGCUUCAGUUGAAUUCGACGAUUUUGACAGAUCCCAAAUCAUCAAGUCUACUUAGGAGCGUUGGUCUCGUUAUUUCAUCAGUUAUAUAUGAAUAAUAACUUAUUUGGAUUAUAAACAAAUCAUUUAGCUGCAACACUAUUAGACUAUGUAAUCACAUUUCAGUUGUGUUUUAUUUUAUCUUAAA